AUGAAGGCCAAACACAGCGGCAGUGGAAUUAAUUCUGAGGGCACCCUCCUCCACCAUGAGAGCAUUAACUCGCAUGUGAGAGAUGUAUUUGGCUCUCCCACUGUACCCAGCACUAUAAUCAGAUUGCAACUUAAACAAAAGUAUACAACAUACAGUAUAGACCGAAUUGGAAACAAUCGCAAGUAG